UAGAAUAAUAGACUGUGUAAAAUUUUGUGGCGCAUUUGAGCUGGCUUUGCGUGGCCACAAUGAGAGCGAGAGCUCAGAUAACCCCGGGAUAUUCCGUGGCUUGGUCGACUUUGUUGCUUCUCUUGAUGGAGUUUUGAAAGAGCACCUCGAGAAUGCCUCUGUGUUUAAGGGAACUUCGAAAACCGUGCAGAACGGGCUGUUGGACUGUAUGUUGUCUGUUAUGAGGGAACACAUAAUCCAAGAAGCACAAAACAGCGAUUUUCUAUCAAUCCAGGCCGACGAGACCACCGAUAUUGCCACACAGUGCCAACUUGUGCUUGUGCUGCACUACAUUGAUGGCAAAAGCAAUGUACAGGAGAGGUUUUUUGCUUUUAUUCAUCUGCAUUCAACUACAGCUGAUUCCAUCGCUACAGCACUAAAAGAGCAUCUUACUGUCAUCCUUCCAGAAGAUCAGAAGAGUAAACUCAUCUCCCAAGCGUAUGAUGGAGCCAGCGUGAUGAGAGGUGCCACUGCAGGUGUUUAAAGGAAGAUUCAAGAUGUGUACCCAAAUGCCCAUUACAUCCACUGCUAUGCUCAUCAGCUCAAUCUAAUAAUGCAAAAGGCCACUUCUCACAUACCCAAAGUUAGAAUUUUUUUUCUAACCUUGGAGGAUUUGCCAGCUUUUUUUCAAGAUCACCCAAGCGCACAGAUGUUCUUGAUAAAGUAGUUGCCCAUAGACUACCAACAUCAAGCAGUGUUAGAUGGAACUUCCACAGCCGUGCCAUCAAUACAGUGUUUGAGCACAGAGAGGGCCUCAUUCGCUGUUUUGAAACUAUUCGAGACUCAGGUGACUUUGACCCUGUUACCACCAGAGAGGCAGGAGGCUUUGCCAUGCUGCUGGAGGAUCAGGAUUUUAAUUUUUUUCUGCAACUUUUCCACAACAUCAUGCCACACGUGGACAUCCUCUAUGCCAAACUCCAGAAGAAGGACAUAGAUUCAGUCCACAUUAAGGGGAGCAUCCAGCAGUUCCAGCAGGACAUACAGAAGAUCAGAAAUUCUCUCCAUUCUCUGGUUAACCAAAGCAGUGAAGGAGCUUCUCAACCAAAGAGGCAGCGGUUGCGUAGUCCAGACGUCCAUGAACGGAUUGCAACAGAGGUCUGUGACACCAUACUCCAACACACCAUGGAACGGUUCUGCUUCACAAGCCACCUCGUUAGUGCCAUCCUGCUGCAAGCAGACAGGUUUGAACAGUACACAGUGGCGUUUCCUGAAGAUGCACUGAGUAGGACUUUGAAGGCCUAUCCAGUGCUCAAUGGGAGUAAGCUAAAGACAGAGCUUAGUCUCAUCUACUGCAAGGAAGAGUUCAGAACCUGUUGUGGUGCUGUGGACCUACUGCAGCUGUUUAAGGAGAACAAUCUUGAAGAAGUCUUUUCAGAGACUGUCACUCUCCUAAAGAUCCUCAUCACCACACCCAUGACCACAGCAGAGGCUGAGAGGUGUUUCUCAACUUUGAAAAGAGUUAAGACUUUUCUGAGAAAUAGCAUGACCCAGGAGAGACUAAAUGCAUUGGCCAUGCUGUCAAUGGAGAAGAGAAUGGUGACUGAGAUCAUUGACUUUAACCAGAAGGUCCAUCAGGCCAAGGCCUUGAGAGAGCACCACGAGGGUAAGACCGACCCAGCGCUUAUGCAGGAACUCCGUGCCGUCACUGACCUCGCCCUACGGGCGACCAAGCUGUUGCAGCAGAGUCAAGUGUCAGAGGUAGGAAGACAGCAGAGACCCACACCCUGA